AUGGCGAUGGCGUCAAUGGAUGCACUGGGAGCCUUUACCCACAUGAAAGACAACCUGCCCACAUGGAUUGUUCGCGCCUCCGAACUCGCCACUCACACCCACAAGAAGCACGACGAAUACUCCGAAGCAUACAGACGCCAUGCAAACUCCAAGCCCCGCCGGCGGAAAAACAGCUCCGUUUGUUCCAUUCACACCGACGACCUAGUCCCGAUCGCACAACGUAAAGGUCCCAGCCCCGAACCCACCGCGGAGACAGCGCACGCGCCCGACCAAGGUCAACGCUCGAGUCGCAAGCGCAGCACAGACGAGGCCGAGGCCAGUACGAAUGAAGAAUACGCGUUCGUGAGCACAAGGCAUAAUGUCAUUAUCGAUUACGACGGCCACACGCAGAAGUCGCUCGAGGCUAUUGUACGGGACAUUGGAGUGGCGAGGAAUAACCUCCGACGCGCGAAGAUGGCCAUGUUGCCACGAACAGGCUUGCGGGCCGGUCUGUUGAGCAAAGGCGUCGGUAUGAACAUGAACAUGCCGGGUGGAACGACAACGCCACUCUCCUGUGUCCGUAGUACCCGCACCACAUCCGGAGUUGUCGGCAUCUCCGGAACGAGCGCAAUGCGCACAGACUCCCCUUUCGAUUUUGCGGACAAACAACUGGAGCUGGCACAUUCACUUUGCGAGACGGCGGCGUACCAAGUCCUCCGAUCCGGGGACUGUGGCACAGAGCUGGAUGGCGUGGAGGAGAAAUUCAAGAUGCUGCUCGAGGCUGCGAUCAACGAAGUCGACCGUCUCCAGGCAGAAAAGAAGCAGCAGGAAGAACACGAGCAGCAACAACAGAACGGUACUGCUGAUGAAGGACCGCCCAAACCACCACCCACGCCCUCUGCUGCUCGACUCGCCCAGGUUGCUGCCAUUGCCAACAAGCCCACCACCACCACCACCACCACCAACACUACAGGCAUGAUUGAAGUCGAUGACAACUCUUCCUUCUCGGCUGAGUCAAUCGACCUCUCUGCAUUCCGAGCCUCACGGAUCCGGGUAUAG